CCAAAGUUGGAAAAAAUCUGUGGCUCACAUGUGCACAAGUUUUCAAAUGAUCCCUAUUAUAGGUUCCAGGAUAUUUCUUAGUAGACCCCUAAAUGACACUUGCAAUUUAUCUUUUUCACUUAGGACAAAAUCGUAGAUAAAUAAAUAACAUAAUCAACAAAGCAUUAUUCACAAAAUACUAUAAUCAUGUUCCUUAAUCUUGUGUUGGUGUUUUUUCUUGUUACAUUGGUAGCAAGUAAAGAUAAUAGUUUCAUCUAUAACAAUGGAUUCCAAUCAUCUCAUUUGUAUCUUGAUGGUAUAGCUAAUUUAACCUCCAAUGGCAUAAUAAGACUCACCAAUGACACCAAACAACAAAAAGCACAUGCUUUUUAUCCAAAUCCUAUAGUUUUCAAAAACACUUUCAAUGGAAGUGUCUCUUCUUUUGCAACUACUUUUGUAUUUGCUAUAAGACCUGAAUAUCCAACUCUUAGUGGCCAUGGAAUUGUUUUUGUUGUUUCUCCUACAAAAGGGCUACCAUAUUCAAUACCAAGUCAAUACCUUGGUUUAUUCAACCAAUCAAACAAUGGAAACACAAAUAACCAUGUUUUUGGUGUUGAACUUGAUACUAUUCAAAGUAAAGAGUUUAAUGAUAUCAAUGAUAACCAUGUUGGUAUUGAUAUCAAUGAUUUGAAAUCAGAUAACUCAACUCCUGCAGGAUAUUAUGAUGAUAAUAAUGGUCAAUUCAAGAAUUUGAGCCUUUACAGUGGCAAUCCUAUGCAGGUAUGGAUUGAAUAUGAUAGUGAAAAGACAAAGAUUGAUGUUACUUUAGCUCCAAUUAAUGUUGUUAAACCAAAAAAAUCUUUGUUAUCAUUGACUCAAGAUCUUUCUCCAAUUAUGAACAAUAGUAUGUAUGUUGGAUUUUCAUCAGCAACUGGUUCAGUUUUCACUUCUCAUUAUGUUCUUGGUUGGAGUUUUAAGGUUAAUGGUCAAGCUCAAGAGCUUGUAAUCUCUCAACUUCCAAAGUUACCAAGAUUUGGUGAGAAAAAAGAGUCAAAAUUUUUAACUGUUGGAUUACCUUUGAUUUUGUUAAGUUUGGUUUUCAUGAUAACUUUAGGGGUUAUUUAUUUUAUCAAAAGAAAGAAUAAGUUUGCUGAGAUUCUUGAAGAUUGGGAACAUGAAUAUGGCCCACAUAGAUUUAAGUUCAAAGAUCUAUACUUUUCUACAAAGGGUUUCAAGGAAAAAGGACUAUUAGGAGUUGGUGGAUUUGGUAGAGUCUACAAAGGUGUGAUGCCAGGUUCAAAACUUGAGGUAGCUGUGAAGAGAGUUUCUCAUGAAUCAAGACAAGGGAUGAGGGAAUUCGUGUCGGAGAUUGUUAGUAUCGGUCGUCUUCGUCAUAGGAAUCUUGUUCCACUUCUUGGCUAUUGCAGGCGAAAAGGUGAGUUACUUUUGGUUUAUGAUUACAUGCCUAAUGGAAGUUUAGACAAUUUUCUAUAUAACCAACCGAAAGUGAGCUUGAAUUGGCAUCAAAGAUUUAAAAUCAUCAAAGGUGUUGCUUCGGGUUUGUUUUAUCUUCAUGAAGGGUGGGAACAAGUUGUGAUUCAUAGAGAUAUAAAGGCUAGUAAUGUUUUAUUAGAUGCUGAAAUGAAUGGUAGAUUAGGAGAUUUUGGUCUAGCAAGAUUGUAUGAUCAUGGUGCUGAUCCACACACAACUCAUUUGGUUGGAACUGUAGGGUAUCUAGCUCCUGAGCAUACAAGAACAGGUAAAGCCACUAAAUAUACUGAUGUGUUUGCUUUUGGUGCUUUUCUUCUCGAGGUUGUUUGUGGUAAGAGACCUAUAGAUCAUGUUGCCGAAAAUGAGACUGUAAUUCUAGUUGAUUUUGUGUUUGAAUGUUGGAAAAGAGGUGAGAUUCUUGAGGCAAAAGAUAUAAACUUAGGAUCAGAUUAUGAAUCUGAAGAAGUUGAAUUGGUGUUGAAACUUGGUUUGUUAUGUUCACAUUCAGAACCUAUGCCUAGACCAAGUAUGAGACAAGUUGUGCAGUAUUUGGAGAGGGAUAUACCUUUACCAGAUUUGUCUUUGCUUAGUUUAUCUUCUUCUGGUUUAACUUUUGGGUACCAAGAAUUUUUUGAGGACUUUCCUAUGUCAUAUCCAUCUUCUAUGGAUAAGACAAUGUCGCAUACUUCUGUAUCUAUUGCUGAUUCACUUCUCUCCGGUGGUCGUUGAUUUUAUGAUGUACAUGAAAUCGAUGCUUAAUUAGUCUAUUUUUAAUUUUGUAAAGUGUUGGAUUGGUAAAAUGUAUUACGUACAGAUAAAGUUUGUUAAAUCAAAUGUAAAAUCAUGUUUGAGUUAAUAGAUAUAUGAAAGCUUUUUUUAUUAAA